AUGAGCCGUCGUGUCCAGAUCUCCGUCAUGACGAUGGCCGGCAAGGUCCUGGCGCUGGACGUGCGGACCACGGACACCGGCGGCCACGUCAAGAAAAACAUCCACCGCGAGCUGGGCGUGUCCCCGGCCCGGCAGCGCCUGGUCCUCGACGGGAUGGUGCUGCAGGACGGGCGCACCCUGGCGUCCUACGGCGUCGGCGCCGCCGGGAAGGCGGGAUCCUCCAGCUGCCGCCUCCACCUCGCCGUCCGCCGCUGGGGUCCCGGAUGGAUGGAGAUCUUCGUGAAGGUGCCGAGCGGCAGGACCCUCAGCGUCAUGGUCGAGCGAUCGGACACCGUCGGGAGCGUCAUGGAGAAGGUCCGUGAGAAGGAGGGCGUGCCGCUGGACCGGCAGCGCGUCGUCUACGCCGGGAAGCAGCUGGAGGACGGUCGCACCUUGGCGGAGUACAACGUGAUGGAGUCGACGCUUUGCGUCAUCCUCCGUCUCGGUGGCCCUCACAAGUGCACUGAUUUUGCUGGGAGAAGCAACUGCCAUGGACAUAGAUAG